GUUGCAUGGUUGAAUCUGAGGAGGGUUGUGUUUUAAACAGUUCAACACUAUUAGUUAACAGGAACUUAAUAAGUUAGCCCGCAAAAUAUAUCAUAGUAACACUCUUAUCAAAUAUUAUCGAAUUUAAUCAUCUAUUUAGUUUACUGUUCAUAUCAUCGCUUCAAACAGACUUCUCUGAGCUUCCAUUGAAAUGAAAGAGGGCGCGCUCCACUGCCGAUGUGCCAAAUGUUUCUCCAUCCCUGUGCGGAAGCGGGUUCGAAAGCGGGCGUCUGCCGUGACGCUGCUGUCUCUUCCAGAAGAGCUGCUGCUGUCCAUUCUUCAGUGCCUCUCUGCUGAAGAUCUGCUCGCCGUCAGAGCUGUACAUUCUCAUCUUCGCGAUAUCAUCGAUAGUAACUCGAGCGUCUGGGCGCGAGUGAGCUUCAAGGACCGCUGGCCGGCCCUUGAUACUAUUUGGCUUUUUGAGCGAGCUGCAGAGAAAGGAAACUUCGAGGCUGCUGUGAAACUAGGAAUUGCGUAUUUGUACAAUGAAGGACCGUCACUUUGUGAAGACGGUCGAGCUGAUCUGUGUGGCCGGAGGGCAUCCCGGUUCUUCAGCCUGGCCGAGAGUCUCAGGUCUCCCAUGUCGGACCCUUUUGUCUGGGUCUUCAUCCGCCCGCCGUGGUCCAUGUCAGGGGGCUGCUGUAAGGCCGUGGUGUUCGACCGCCUCAAAGAGGAAUGUGACACCAACCCGGGCCAAAAGGGAAUGUUGCUGCACUGCCUGGCUAGAGUCCUUCAGCUGUUUGAUGAUGAGGAGAAGCGUGCUGAGGCCGGGGCCAUGCUGGAGGAGUCCGCGCGUUGCGGUAACGUGCACAGUUCGUAUCUGCUGUGGGAACUGAACCGAGAAGCGUCGACGGCCGACCCCGGCAGGUAUCUUCAGUGUGUGCGGAAACUCCGAGACUAUGCUGCCAAAGGAUGCUGGCAAGCUCAGCUGUCGUUUGCUAAAUCGUGUGGCACGGCGAACCCUCUGGGCCUGGAGCCUCGUGCUUGUGCUGAACUCGUGUCCCAGUUCUUCAACUCCGGACUGGCACCUCCAUCACAAUCUCAACUUUUGCAGGGGAAGGACAUCACCACAAAGAGGUAUAUUCUGGUGGACUGGUUAGUUGAGGUGGCAACAAUGAAGGACUUCUCCAGUCAGGUUCUUCAUUUGACCGUCGGGUGUGUUGACCGCUAUCUGGCUCUGCGCACAGUGCCAAAGGCCCAACUUCAGCUGCUAGGUAUCGCCUGCAUGGUCAUCAGCACUCGAUAUAUCAGUAAAGAGAUUCUGACCAUCCGCGAGGCCGUGUGGCUUACCGAUAACACGUACCAGUAUGAAGAUUUGGUGCGGAUGAUGGGAGAGGUCAUCGCUGUGCUAGACGGAAAGAUACAGACUCCUAGAGUACUGGAUUAUGGGACGGUGUUGCUCUCGCUGCUGCCUGUAGAGCGGCGCUCUUCUCAUCUCUACAGCUACAUCUGUGAACUCUCUCUCCUCUGCUCUCCUCUCACACUCCCUGGUCCGGCCCGACUCGCCAGCGCCAUCCUGCUGCUCACCAGAGCACUACACAACUACGUUCCUGUGUGGCCUGUCCAGCUGGAGGAGAACACGGGUUUCUCCAAAAAUGAUCUGGUCUCAUGUGCUUUAUCCCUUUACAUCAAGUGCUUCGGUCAAGAGGUGCCCAAAGACUACAGACACACGUCUCUGACCGGUGUCAAGCAGAGGUUUGAAGACGACUUGUACCACCAGAUCAGCAAAGACGCAGUGAUGGGUUUCAAAGAGCUCUGUCAGGUGUUUGAGGUCCCAGAGGUAGAGCCGCAGGUGGAUGUUCCUGCCGCUAGCAGCCAGCUGACAGAAUUUCACACAUUUCUCUCCUCUCCUGCCAGUAACAGCAAGAGGAGGAGAGAGGAUGACAUGCAGGCACACAGAGGCAGCUUCCUGGCCACGCCCACCGCUGAGCUGUCCAGUCAGGAGGAGAUGCUGCUGGGGGACAUCCUCGACUGGAGCUUGGACACUUCCUUGUCCGGCUAUGAAGGUGACCGGGAGAGCGAGGGAGAGAAGGAUGGAGAAUUGUCAGUCAUGGAGGUGCAGAUGGAGGUGCCCGUUGAGACCGCUGACAGACGGCAUCAUUGUUGCGAGCUCUCUAGUGACGACAGCCUUUGUGAAGAAAAUAACAAUGAAGAGGCAACACAUGGCGGCAGCAGUCGCAGCAGACCCUGGCUACGGCACCUGUCCUCCUCCUCCUGUUCAUCAUGUCCCGUUUGUACUGACCUCCACAGCUCCGGCUACUCCUCCAUCCAAAGCGCCCCCAGCCCAUCCAUCUCCGCCUCUUUGGUUCCCCACCCCCUCUCGCCGUCUGCCCAGCCCCACAGUUCUACCUCCACCGGCUUCAGUCUGCUUCUGCCACCCUCACAGCGGACCCGCCGACAGGUGAAGCGGAAAAACACGGCCGCGCACAGCGGGGGGGAACUCGAGGACGCUGACGAGGUGGCUUUCCUCAGCUUAUAGAAGUCGGCGAGCCAACUUUGACUGACAGCUGAUAAGGAAGCUGUUGUGCCGCAACGCAACACUUCCAGGGCUCCUUCCAGGUGCACUUUUCUCCUCGGGUGCUGAUAUUCUUUAUCUCAGAGGAACACCGGCGAGGAUUUCGCCAUCGGCGGUCGAGAUGUCCUUUUGUGAGCUUUAAAUAUAAAGCUUUGAUAGAAGUACAACCAUCGCUUUUCUCCCAUAAUGCAUUUCUCUUGCCCCUACGGUGGGCACACUUUCUCUCAGAAUGUUGCUGUUGACACGCAACGUGUGCAAAUCCUCAAAUGUGUUACAAAUCACUGGAGCUGUCAUUGUUUUGACUAGGUUGUGUUCUUUUUAAACAUUUCACAAAUACUCGGAAAGUAUGACUGUUUACAACAAUCUAUGCCCAGUUACCAGAGAAGCAAGGGCAAUUUCAUACGUUUGAUAUAUUGUUUUUCGCUCUUGGAGAUGAUUUCCUUGAAUAUUUUUUUUACAAAGGUUCAUGCAGCUAUGGAGACAACAAGCUCCACUUCAAUUCAUGAAGGUGUUCCACACAAUAUGCACUGUCCAAUCAGAAAAGGUUUGUUUACGCUGUCAUUUCAGGGCAUGGAUACAUUUUCUCUUGUAUAUUAUUUAUCGUAAACUGGACCCAAGUACUCCAGUAUUUUUGUAUUUGCUUUGUUGUGUUUAUGCCAAAGUUUGUUUUUGUUCUUGCUAGCAUAGCUAGCACUUGCCGUAGGUGCCAGUGGCCACGCGUCCAUUAUCUCCUCGUUUCUGCAAACAUCUCGCUGUUUUGCAAUACCACUGUCUGACCUGUGAAACCGAUACAGUAAAUCUGUAUGAAUUUUCUUUUAACUUUUUAAAACAGAUCCAAUGCAACAGCUGACGAAUGUGAUCCUAUGACGUGCUUUUUCGGAGCACUUUCAUGACCCGAUGCUGGAAAGCAUAAAUGAUGCUUUGUUUUAAUAUGCUUGAACAAUCAACCAUACGUAUAUUUGUGUCAGUGUUAAACAAGUGUUAAUCCUGGUAUUAUCGGUGCACAAUACUUGCGUUUGAGGUUAUGACACUAAAAGCAUUAAGUUAUUAUUUCAGGUCUUGUUGGUACUGUAUAUCGAACAUCACUAAGGACUGCGACUGUAAAUAUUCUGUUCAUAACUGUAAAUAAAUAAAUGUAUGAAACUGUGAAAGGCCGUGUGAACUUGAAAAAGAAUGCAUGUUAUAUACUGAAAGCCGAAAUAAAUCAAUGCAGU